AUGGCGUGCGUUCCACCGGAGCAGCUCGUGGGGCCGCUCGACGCAAACUUUAGCUGCCCCGUGUGCCUCGACUGCAUUCGCGAACCCAUCAUGUGUACCCGCUGCCAGUGCCUCUUUGGCGAGUGCUGCUGGCUCCAGGCCAUGGACGCUCAAAACGCCUGUCCACAUUGCCGUCAAUCACCAGCCGUUGGCGUGCCCCUUCGCCCCUUUAAGAACAUUUUGGCUCAACUGCCCACACGCUGUGCUCAUCCAGGCUGCCAAGCCCAAACCCGCCUCGAGGACCUGCACCAGCACGAAGCUGCUUGCCCCUUCAACAUGGUGGCCUGUCCGGCCUGCGCCCAAGUCGUGCGCGCUCCCGACCUGGCCCAGCACGUGAAUGCCUGCAGCUUUCACCUGGCUCCUGGCCUCGUGCUUGUGGCCACUCAAGGCCAACCCCUUGGCAUGGCUGUACAGACUUUGGGACGGGACGUCUUUGUUGGCGAGGUCUUUGACGGCUCUCUCGCUGCGCAGGCUGGACUGGUCGAAGGUCACCAAAUUCUCCAGAUCAAUAAUGAACCAAUCGAGUCUUGGGGACAUGGCCAGCUGGUGAUGGCACUCAAGUCAGAGCUGAUCCUGCUCCUGCAGGUCGAGAUUCCCCUCCAAGUGCAGCCGAGCCAUGUCACACUAUGGUCGACCGAUAGUUCCCCACACCGCCUUUGGCGUGGCCCCGAUGCCGCACCUGUGUCGCCGGAGAACGAGUUGGCAACCCGCUUGAGGCGGGGCCUGCGCGCGCCACGCCUGAACCAGCGUCAACUUGCGAUGGGCGUCAUGUCUCCUUCCUUCGCCCCCUCAUGGGAUAGCGGGAUUGUCGAGGAGCUGAAUGUGGACUGGCCCGAUCUUGAUUCCGAAUCAACGUCGCCGCCUACGAUUGACCAUGUGGCCGAGGACAGCCCGAAUCGCUACAUUCCAACGCUGCAACGCGACUUGGUGGUGGUCGAGGUGGAUGGACAGCCGUGUCGCAGUCUGGAGGCUGCUCUGUCAUACCUCGCACCCCAUCUUCAUGCGCCAAGCACUUGCGUUGUUCGCCUGGUGCACAAGUUUGACGUGGUCAAUUACCUUCGUGCCACCUCUGAAGUCAACUAG